GUGGGACGAUUAAGUCGGGGCGAAACUCAAAGUAGAAGCUGCUAAAAAAGCAUUUGGACACCAUCUGAUUUGCGACAGAAUGAGGCCAGACCGGGAUGACGGACAUCUGCGAAGGCCGUGGUGCCCGACAAGGAGGGUGGCUUUGAGAGGCUUUUAGACAGGCAGACACAUGCUUCCAGAGCCAACUUUCACGCCGAUGCUGCAGAAUGACACGGUGCAAGGGGUCGUGGACGUCUACUGUAGGGCCAAGUUUGAUACUGGACGUACUCGGGUAAUUGUGAUAUGGCCCAUCAAGCGUUUCCAACGUCAUGGUAGACCCGCACCAAACAGAUGGACGUGCUCGGGUUCGACAAUGUUUCACCACCGGAAGCUGCGCACAAACCAGCCGCAGGUCUAUGGCAAACAGGGAUUGGCAAUUUUCAAGGAUGAUCCCAAGGAGUAUGGACGGAUAUCUGCGACACGUUCUGCAAUGGUCUUGGCGAUCGAUUUUCUAAUCUGUAACUCGGGUGGAUGGAUGUUGACGUUUGCAACCGAUCCCAGAGACGUUGCGCCGACCACACCCGAACCAAACCUGGUUUCGCAGUCCAGAUUGAGUUGUUCUUUUGAAAUAGACAUAGUAGGCGGUACUGGGGCGGGAGACGAGAUUACGUUCAUUUAAAUCCAAGAUAGCAAGUGUCAGGGCGGAUUAUCUCGGUUCGAUUUGACGAGCUCGAAAUUAAUGCUUAACGGCUCCCGACCAAGGAUUUGAACCAAGGAGGCGCAAAACAAACCGGGUCCAACAUUGGCUUGACAUCCGAUAGCCGUCGCCG